ACAUAAACUGACCGACCACCUUAAACUAUAAAACCAUCGGCUCCUCCAAACUGACUGCCGAAAUCCAAUAAAAAUUACUCACGCUCUAAACCACAGGCUGUGUUUUCCGUUGGCCCUCUUCUCUAUUUAUUUCUUUCUACAGUAUAUAUGUUUCCACCGUCUUCCUUUAAUUACUGAAAUACAUACCUCUCCUCCACCAAACAAACCUACCCUUCCCACUUUUGAUUUCUGUUUUAAUCUCGUAAAGUUUGAGUCGUACAAAAUGGGUUUCUCAGUUCUUGAAUCUUUCUUGAGGUAUUGAUUCAUUUUAGACAUUGUUUUGCUUUUCUUAUUACACCCUCAAUUCUUCAGCGCUUCUUCAUCAAAUUUUGCCUCUGUAGAUUUUUUUAGGUGUCGUUUUCAGAACCUAGCUAUGGUCGCCAUAAUUCCUCCAGCUAGCCUUAAUUUAUUAGUGUAAUUAGGUUGCUGACUUUUUGAAAAAUUAGACCUUUUCUAAUCAAUUAGCAAAUUCUAGUUUUCCUACCUUCUUGGAAGUGUCGACCAAGCAAAACUCUUGUCGCGAUGUGCAGCGAAAAAUUCGACGACAAUUUGAUCUCUGGAUCAAAUCAUGUUUCAAUCGAGAAGAGGAGUAAAAAACUGACGCUGUUUGAAGAUCUCGUUUACGAUUCAGACGCCUUUGAUUCGAAUUCUUGCCCCUCCGACUGCGAGAGCGGCGUUUCCGGCGGCGAAAACGACCGAUAUUCCGACGGCGGCGGACAAGAGAUUCAUGGGAUGAUCGCGAAGAAGUUGGUUUCGAGCUUGAGCUCGAGCGGAUUGGAUGCCAGAGUUGAGGGGAUUCACCGGAUUGAUUUCUCGAGCUUCACGAGCAGAGCAAAGCUUCAAUCCUUCUGCAUAUAUUCGAAGGCGGUUGAGAUGAAGUGCAACGGCGACGCCAAUGUGAAAUACGCUUGGUUUGGAGCUUCCAAGCCUGAGAUUACUGCGAUUCUCUCUCACGGUUUCUCCCUUCCGACCAGUAAAGGAACUCAUGGAUAUGGGGUUCAUCUCUCCCCUGUUGAUCAUCCUGUUCAAAGUUUGGCAUUGGAUGGUGCUGAUGAGAAUGGCCUAAUGCACAUGUUGCUUUGCCGAGUGAUAAUGGGGAAAAUGGAGGCUGUUUUGUGUUGCUCCGAUCAGUACAAUCCGAGCUGCCAAGAGUUUGAUUCCGGCUGCGAUGAUUUAGCCUCUCCCGGGAGAUACAUUGUGUGGAGUUCGCGAAUGAAUACUCACAUCUUGCCCGAAUACGUGAUCAGUUUCAAAGCAUCCUCGUAUAACCAAGAAAAACAGAGGAAGUUGCAGCCUCCAAGGGUUCCAAGGUCGGAUUGGAUGCCGUUCCCCAGUCUCAUUGCAGCGAUGUCCAAGUUCUUGCCUCGUGAUGCCAUUCAAUCGAUUUCGAAGCUUCAUAGUGCCUACAGGAAGCAGAAGGUGACACGCCACGAAAUGAUUCGACGUGUGAGGGAUAUAGCAGGGGACAAGUUGCUGAUGGGCAUCAUAAAAUCUUAUAGGAGCAAGGUUUUGUUUCACUAAACUGGUGUUUUGCUUAUCAAUGGUGCAGACAAAAUCACAUCUUUGAGCAAUUGAACAGAGCAAGUUUGAGUGAAGAAUAGUUAGUUGAUGCUGAUUAGAAGUAUUAUGUGUGAAGCUGACAGCCUAACAUAUGAUUGUACAUACAAUGAAGAUUACUUAAAGAGUUGUUGACAGGCAGGGGUUGUCAUUUCUAGAAUUAUGCUUUGAUAAUUUAGCUAAAGAAAUUGAAGCGGUUGAAAUUUUUACUUUGCA